AUGAUCAUGCGAGCUGAGAAGACGCGCCAGCUUCAGAAGCGGAAGCUCACCAUGGUCAUUGAUCCAGAUUCGACUCGUGCCAUCACCUGGCAACUGAUCACCUCUUGCUGCAUGGCAUUCAUCUCCAUCGUCACACCGGUUCAGGUUGGGCUUCUCGAGCUACGCUUAGAUUUUUUGCAGAUUCUCAGUUGGGGCGUCGAUUCCCUUUUCUUCGUUGACAUGGUGCUGCAAUUCUUCACCAUGUAUCCCAAGACCACGCCUCGAGGUAUCGAGUGGGAGACCGAUUUACGCAAGAUUGGUAUACACUACAUGAGGACCUGGUUCUUUUUGGAUUUUGUCACCUUGAUCCCUUUCGACAUUCUGAGCCUCACCUGGAACGCAGCGAACUUGAAGGAGUUGAAGAGCAUCAAAGUGAUCCGAGCUGUAAGGCUCCUGAAGCUGACGCUUGGCUCCUGUUUCACCUCGGUCUUCGCCACCGGAGAGAAGCCUGUCCCGAAGUGGAUCGAUGAUAUCGCGGCCUCGGACCUCGAGUUCAAGAUCGUGACGCGGGACCAUCCCUUGAGGAUUUACAUGGCAUCGUUUUACUUUUGCAGCUAUACCAUGACCUCGGUGGGCUACGGGGAUUUAGGGCCCAAGAACAUCUUGGAGCGCGUGGUGUGCACCGCGAUCGUCUUGGUUGCGGGCCUUUGCUGGGCGCAGAUCUUGGGAGAUGUCUGUGCGAUUUCCUCGGAUAUGAACGCAGAGAACCAGGAGUUCCGAAAGAAGAUGAACAGCCUCAACCGUAUGAUGCAGGAGCAGGGGCUGCCCCACGAUUUGAGGCGGCGGCUGAGGAGCUUUUUCUUGCAACCUGCCCUGGGGUUGCCCCAGGUGGUCCGACAGAAGCUUCUCACGAACAUGAGCCCGCAGCUGCAAUCGGAAGUUUGCACGGAGAUGAACCUGCCCUGGAUUCAGAAGGUCUCUUUCUUCUCGCAGUUUAUCAAUCACAUGGAUCGACUGGAAUCCAAAGGCGUCGAUACGGAAGCCUUCCGUGCGUGCAUCGCGGACACCUCCCGGCAACUGGUGUGUGGCGCCUUUGCUCAGCGGGAGAGCUUCGGCAACGUCCAGAUCCUCUAUAUCCUCUCCAAAGGCUUGGUGAUCCUGAAUAGCAAGGUGGGCACCAACGGCACCGUUUGGGGUGAAGACUUCGUGCUGGCCGACACCUCGUUGAUCCGUCCCGUCUCAGGCUUUGCGCUGACCUACAUCGAAGUCAUGGCACUCACUCGUGAGAGCUUUAUGAAAGUCAUCGAAAGAAGGCGUGUGAAUUGCCCCGAGCUGGGACAGACGCUUGGUGGCACAGCUGCAGCUGCAGGCAAGCGUUUGCGAAGCCAGUUGCCUCACAAGGACUUGGAGCGCGUCCCACAACCGCCGCCCAUCAACGAGUUGGAGGUCUACAGCCCUGCACAUAUGCCAGGUGCGAUGUGGACAGAAGAUGAUGAACUUGAGAAAGUUGAAUGA